AUGGCACCAACAGAAGCGGAGCUUCUUGCAAAUUACCUCAUACAGCCAUCUCCUUUGACCGCUAUCGUCACACUCGAGCAAUUCAAAGCCCUCUUUCCCCGUCCACUACAAUCUUCACCUCAGGUUCGAUCACUCUUUCGAGAUCUACAAGCUCAACGCACGGAUCUUCUCGACCAAGUCGCCGAGAACAUCGCACAUGAAGCGAAACGAGGGAUCACAAUGCGGCGAGAAGUCGUGCGGGCUAAGCGCGAGGCAGAGCGAGAGGAUGUAGACGCCGAGAUUGAGAUGGAGCGAGCACUAUUUGGAGAUGCUUCUGGUGCAGCGACCGCCAAACAUACUCUCAACUCUGUUAUUCCAGAACUUGAGGGUGCCGCAGGUGCACUACAUGCCGAACUUGCACAUUUGAAAGAGGAAGAAGCAACCUUGCUAGACUCUGUACAACAGACUAUAGGAUCAUUGAGCGAUUUACGAUAUGGGAAAGUCGCCAAUGGCCGAAUAAGCGAGGGGGUUCUUGAUGGCCUCAAAAACGUAGAAGCAGCUUGCGAAAACAAAUCGUGA